GCAUCGGAAGGUUCCUGGUUCGUGUGUGUUUUCCCCGUUUGCUCGUCUAUAAACGCGCAGUUUCCCAGUGCAGGGUGUGAAACUAGUUAAAUUCAAUCACCAUGGAUCAAUCGGGUGACCGUACAUUGAUCGCGGUGGAUGUGGUGGACGAAGCUUUGCGUCCCCAGCAGCUGAAAGCGAAGCAAAUGUGCCGCCUUUGCCUAGCGCAAGAUGCACCUUUGAGCUCGAUCUUCACUCCUCAAACCGGCCCUAAUCGGACGCCACAAACGCCACUUUCGCUGCAAAUAACGGCUUGCGUUUCGAUUGAGGUUUAUGCUGGCGAUGGUAUGCCGGGGGUGAUCUGUCACACCUGUCGAAUUUUGCUAAACUAUCACUAUCAGUUCAAACAAAUAUGUCAGACCGCUGAUUCGCAAUUGAAACUGUUUCUCACCACCGGAAUUUGGCCAGAAAAACUUUCCUUACCUAAGGAAUUGAUUUCUUUCGCUGCAAACGUAAAAGAUUCACAACACAAAGCAAAUCCACGUGCCAAUGCAACGAUUAACAUCAUUAAUGCUUCUUCUGGCGGCGAGAGUGAAUCCAAUAGAGAAAGAAAGAUCAAUAUCAUCAAGCUGAGUCCAAAUGAUUUGAAAAAUUUGAAACUUUCCCAACGGAUUGGGACGACAGGCUAUCAGGGAACGCCUCCUGCAGGGACAAUGAAGCGGGACCAAAGUGUCGUCUCGGUGUCCACCCCACUGUUGACAUCGACUCCGAUGCCGAAACGCGACGCACCGACUAAAAUGGCAAAGCAGCAGGGUGUACGGCUCCAGUAUCACGACGAGCAGAAAUCACCUCCCGCCCAGCAAAACAAGGAUCAACCGUUGGUGAAGCAAAACUUAAAGUCUCCUGUCAUACUGAACAGACUAGCCAGCAUGGCCAGCAAACGGCAGAACGUGAAGGAAGAAUUCGUCACCACCGGCGAUGGAACGGUGGAGAUGAUACUGCAGUUCGAGCCGGAGCCGGUUGAGUCACCGGAACAGGAAAAUAUAUUCCCAUGCACCGAAUGUCCGCGAACAUUUAAGCUGAAGCAGCUACUGGAUCUGCACAAGAUAAACCACAAACGCGAGCGAAACUUCCCGUGUGAAGAGUGCGAUAAGCGUUUCUUCAGUAAGUACGAUCUGGCCAAGCAUAGGGCAACGCACACCGGCGAGCGCCCGUACGGGUGCGUGAUCUGCGGUGCGGCGUUCUCCCGAUCGACACUGCUGACGCGCCACCAGGCGCAGCACAAGGACGAUCUGACCUAUCCGUGUGUGUUCUGCGAGCGCGUGUUCGUGUCGCAGGAGGAGCUGGACAAGCACGCGCAGACGCACGAAAAAAAUCGUCCAUUCGUGUGUACGGACUGCCCGAAAAGCUUCGCCUACAAGCAGGGCCUGGAGCGGCAUGCCGCGGUGCACGCGAAGGAACUUCCGCACAAGUGCGAAUAUUGCGACAUGAGCUUCCACACGUCGGCCGCACUGUCACGGCACCUGACGGCACACGCGGGCAGUCGACCGUAUCCGUGUCGGCUCUGCAAGAAGUCGUUCAUGCUGAGCCAUCAUCUGUCGCGGCAUCUGCGCGCCCACAAUACGGCGGGCCAGUGCGAGUACAAAUGUAACGACUGCAAGCAGAGUUUCGACGGUAAGAACGAGCUAAUUGCCCAUUCGGAGGUGCACGCCAAGGAGACACUCGUCUGCCCGCUGUGUCGCGAACUGUUCGAGGAUAUUGAUGAGGUGGUCGCGCAUAUUCAUGAGCAUGCCAAGAAAAACCAGUAUGCGUGCGACUAUUGCGAUCUGCUGUACACGAGCGAGCAAAAGUUAAACGCUCACUGUCAGCAUGAGCACGCGGAUGAGCUUGCGUGCGAAUGGUCGGAAGAGCAGCAGCGGCAGCUAAAUGAAGAGCAGGCAGCGUCGCGGAAGGAGGUCGCAGCGAACCAACCCAAAGUUGAGGGAGAUAGCAAAAGCUUGACGUCUGGCGAAGAGAUGAAGACGGAUGUGGUACUGGAUUCCGAAAAUUCGGAAAUUGAAAAUAUUUUCCUUGAACCAGAAGAUUACGACACGGCCAUAUUCAUGCAACCGGAAGGGAAUGAGCAAGUGAUAGAAACAUUCGAGGUGAAUGAAUACGUGGAAGAAACACCAUCGGAGGUAAAACCAAAGGUAUCUCCGCAAACAAAACACCCGAAGCAAGUGAAGCAGGAACGUCUAUCACCGCUUCCAAAAAGCAAAGAUAUGACCCGCCAGAAGAGCAUGGUUGAGUUUUUCAAACGCAAUCAGGAGGCGGUGGAAAAGAAGACGGCCCAGCGUAACGUGUCGGAGAUGUUGAAAAAUUUGCCCAAAGGUGUGACGAUCAAGCGGGAGCAAUCGGCGCCUUCUUUGACGACCAACCCACCGAAAAAACCGUCACAGCCUAUUGUUGUCGAAAAGAAGCAACCGCAAAUGAUACCGAUUGAAAAAGAUAAGUCACCCAUCCAGGGCUCGUCCAAAGGCACUGCUCAGGCAAUGGUGGUGGAACCGAAAAGAAGGCCCGGAAGACCACCGAAGAUAGUCCCGAAGGUGGAGGAAAGCGAAGGAAAGAAAGAAAAUGUUGCCAUAAAGAAGGUUGAACCAGUGGUGAUGAAAAAGGAAGAACGGAAGCAGCAGCACACGAAACUGGACGAGGAAAUCAAAAAAGUGCUGUCGGACAGGAAAUCCACCGUCGAAGGUGGACUCAAACGUAGUGGCACGAUGAACUUCCCCAAGACGCGGGUAGGAAUAGAUGUGCCACCAAAAACGUUCCCAAGUGCUGCCGGAGCGUCCAGCAAGGGUUCGGUAUCGAUGGUCAGACGAUCGUAUGCCGUACCACCCUCGAAGGAGCCGAUGGCUGGCAUAAAGCGACCAGCCGACAAAGAAUCCGCAACCGACGAGCCGGUAUCGAGCAAACGUUUUGCGCCGGGCCCACAGCGUAAAACUAUGAAUCCGGCAAUGCUCUCUACGUUGCGUAAUACGACACAAAAGUCGGCAAAGGCUGGCGAACCCGUGCAGGUCAACGUUGUCCGCACGGUCAAGCGUGAGCCGAACGCGGACGCACCGGUCGAGAUGAAUGUCGGUGGCAAGACGGUCAAGUUGCAAAAAUUAAUUUUAUCCAAAAGUGAAGCGUUGGCGCUGCAGAAAGCGGGCAAGUUGAAGGGCAAAAUUUAAGGAAUUUUGGUUUACUUUUUAGAAUUCCCACUUAUUGUAAUCAGUAUUUUGAAUUUUUUCUCUUUUAUUUUUUUAUCUGUUUAUCUAUAACGACUUUUAAGUUUGACUAUUUGCUUUUAACCGAUUUUUUUCUACCAUUUCCUAUGUGCUACAUGACAUCGAAUAUCCAGGGAGGACCAUUGGACAAUGUAGAGUUUGAAUAAAAAUUUGUGUAACAGUUUAA